AUGUCUUGCAAUUUGAAAGUUAAUAAUCUAGUUCAUCUAGUCAAUGCGAUCUGUGGAGAUUGCUGUCGUCUGAUCUCCGGUAGCGGGCCGGGGUCCGUCAGGGUCACAACUUUGCUUCCGGUCACACUAUCUCAUCUUCAACAACCACCUGACCCUUCCUCAUCUCUUUCCACUUCCUUUUUUAUUCUUUCUUUUUCCAUGGACUACAUCGAGCAGAUCCUCGCCUGGCUCCUUUCCCACCGCAAAGGCCACGAUGCAGGCCUCUUCCACAAAAGUCGGGCCUUCGCCAACGUGCCCAAAGAACCGACGAUCCCGCUCGAAUGCCCAGACAUCGGCCCCACGGGGUCGACCAUCCCGCCGGGAUACAGCUUCUUUGGCAAAGGCAUGUUUCCGACGCUGAAAUGGCCCUCGUUGACGACGACAGAAAUCAAGGAAUAUCUCCUCGUGGUAGAGGAUCCGGACGCACCGCUCUCCGAGCCCAGCCUGCACGGGCUCUACUACGGCAUCCCAGCGACGAGGACGAGCGUCACAAACGAUGAUUUCGAGAAGCAACAACAAGAAGAAGGAGAAGAAGGCUACACGCUCAAGGGCGGCUUCAAAUACGGCCAGAACCGCCGGGGUACCGUCUACAUCCCGCCGCGAGGAUUGCUGGGCCACGGGCCGCAUCGCUACUUCUUCCAGCUCGUCGCGCUCAGGGAGCCCAUUGACGUGAGCAAGUUGAGUAGUCCUGCGACGAAGGAGGAGAUUGUCGAGCAGAUUGAUGGGAAGGUUGUUGGGUGGGGUCUGUGGAUGGGUAUAUGGGAGAGGAAGAAAGAGUGA